AUGGUCGGGCACCAAUGGCCUGCUGAUGACAAGUAUCGCAUUCGACUCCGGGUGGACUGUUGCAGCGGGGAAACAUCUGAGCACAGGUCUCUGGGGGCACACCCGCCUCUCUGUCUUCCAGACCACUUCUGCCACGAGGCUUGGGACCACGAAAGACCCGCACCGAUCCAGUACGCAUGUUCGGCCGCGGCUCUACUCUACCGCAAGCGCGGGCUGCCAAGGCGGUCAAAGCCGGGGACUGUCCAAACUGAUCUCGGCGGUCCUUGUCGAUGCGGCCAGCCACCACAAAAUGACAGGGAGCAUGCAGGAAGAUUCGAGCGGCACAGGGGAACACCUUUGAGUUUCUUGCCUGCUCGAACACCCAAUGGUGUUUCGCAGACAAGGGCCAUUGAUCCCAUCCGCCUUGUCGGAGUUGCGUCUGGCCAUGAGGGCGACCGGCGCGGGGGUGAAGAUGUCUGGGUACGCUGCAGAAAGGCGGCGAGCUCUCCGCCUCCGCCAAUGCAUGCCAUUACCAUGUGCAUGUUUACAGAGCCGCCACUUCGAAUGAGAAAUGCGAAGUAUAUGCGCGUCGGGAUCCCACCGGUGAAGGCUCCAGAUCAAGGAGUCUGCCGCCGGGCCUACGGGAGUCCCACCGCGCAGUCCCAAUUCAGCCGCCAGAAGCGCAGGGGGCGGUUCUCGUGGCCCGCAUCAACCCUGGGCUCGGUUAUCUGGUAA